GUGGCCGGGGGGAUGAAGCUGUACACCUGUGCGCUCAGACCAACCGGGAUUUAUGGAGAAGAUAACCCACUCAUGGAGAACCUGUACCGUCAGCUGGAGAUAUUCGGCCGCAGGAGGCUUCGCCUGGCGGGGAAAGAGGUGGAACACGGGCGUGUUUACGUCGGUACGAGACCACUCCUCCCCCACCUCCCUGGGACCAGGGAAAGGCCUGAAGUCGUGGGCGGAGAGGCCUACUUCUGCUAUGACGACUCCCCCUCCCUCAGCUACGAGGAGUUUGACAUGCAGUUCCUGGGGGGGUGCGGCUUCCGGAUGGUGGGUGUGGGUGAGGACCCUCUGCCUUCCUUCGUCCUCUACCUCCUGGCCUACCUCAGCCAGUGGGUCUUCUGGAUCCUCAAGCCCCUGCUGGGCUUCUGGAAAUUUCUGAACGUCUACGCCCUCCACAUGAUCACCACAUCCUUCACCGUGUCCACCGACAAGGCCGGGCGCCAUUUUGGCUACUCACCCAUCUUCUCCUGGGUGGAGAGUCACAACCGCACCCUCAGCUGGGUCCAUCAACUGGGCGCCGCCCCGGCCCAGAGGCAGUAGAGGGACCUUUACUCUGUGUCUCACUCCCCCCGUGCUGUCCCUGACCCUGGGAGUGUUUGAUGAGGGGGGACAGUGUAGAGGGAGCUUUACCCUGUAUCUAACCCCGUGCUGUCCCUGUCCCUGGGAG